AUGGAAUAAUAUAAGAUCACAGAUUUUAAUACUGCAUUCUAAAUUGGGAUUGAGAAGCUUAUAUAUGAUUCGAUUAAUGAGCACUCUAAGAAGGAUAAAGAUCCAGAAGAAUUAAAAUUGAAAAAAGCUUUGAAAAUCAUGAAAAAAGAAAUAUUCGCUAAGUUGAAGGUUUAGUAUCAAGAUAAUGACAAAGAUGAAGAUCUUAAAUGGAUCCUAUUUUCACUCAUUGAUCCAUCUAAACCAUAAAAGAAAGAUAAGGAGCCUAAGAUUGAAACUGAAAGAUUUGUCACUUUUAUUCAUAAAUAUUACUACGACUAACUAAGAUUAGAAGCUUUGACUGAUCCUUAAAAGGAAGAAAUGCUCUAUCAGAAUGCUGUUGAGAUUAAAGAAUUAGAACCAGAUAUUGGGAAUCUUGAAAAUUAAGAAGCUGUCAUUAAUGGGACAAUGCUGUUUGAUUAGAUUGAUUUGGCUCAGAUAGCAGUAAGAGACAAUGGAGUGAUGAAAAUUGAGAGAGGGGCAGCAAUCAAUAAAAAAUUUAAGUAUUUCAAUAAUACAAACGAAGAACUUAACAUUGAAAUAAUUUCAAAUAUACCCUAGAUAUAAAAUAAAAGGCUUUUGCUAGAUGGAUAUAGAGUAAUUGAUUCUUCAAGAAUAUUAGUCGGAGCUUUUACAUCUUUAAUGCUUGCAGACAUGGGUGCUGAAGUAAUUAAAAUAGAGUAGCCUGGAGUAGGAGAUGAGACUCGUAAAUGGGGUCCUCCAUUUAGGGGUAAAGAUUCAACUUAUUUCAUUUCAAUCAACAGAAAUAAAAAGAGUAUGACUGUAGAUUUAAAGCAUGAAUAAGGAAGACAAAUAAUCUACGAUUUAGUGGGGAACUAGAGAGAUACAAUAUUUCUUUCAAAUUUUACUCCUAGUAGACUUGAUCAACUAGCUAUAAAUUAUGAGAGUUUGAAAAAGUUAAAUUAAUCUCUCAUUUAUGCUUCUGUAUAAGGAUUUCCAUUAGAUUCAGAAUUGAAAGAUAAGGCUGCUUUCGAUUUAACCAUUUAAGCGAUGAGCGGAUUAAUGGAUUGCACAGGAGAUCCUCAUGGAAGUCCAUUUAAGGUUGGCUAUGCUGUUACAGAUGUAUUAGCUGGCAUGCAUUUGCUAUAAGGUGUAAUGGGAGCAAUUAUUCACAAAGAAAGAACUGGAGAGGGAUAAUUUGUGAACACCUCAUUGCUAGAAGCUAAUUUAUAUUCCCUAUGCUAUGUUGUCAGGUAAAAUAGUUUGCAUUAAAAACCAAAAUAGCUCAUGGAUGAAUGGAUAAAAAGAGUAUAAAAGAAUGGGAAAUUCUCACCCUAUCAUUGCCCCAUAUAGUGUUUUUAUGACAAAGGAUGA